UUUUUUUUUUUUUUUUUUUUUUUUUUUUUUUCUUCUUUUUUUCCUCUCCCCCCUUGGAUUCUCAGAACUUUGCGCUACCUACUACUUUACUGUUGAAGUUAUCCGUCAAUCAAAGGACAUUUUACACGAUUUUGCAUAUCUACCUAUUUUGAUUGCAUUCCCAUUGAGAUGCUACCGUCGGCAUUAUUGGCGGCAUGUUUGGCCACGACGGCGUGGGCGCAGUUUACCCGAGUCGAUUACACCGGGAGGAAACACUCUUCUGUGGCGGUCGUUGGUGAGUAUCUAUUUGUUCACGGAGGGGAGCCACAAGGCAUAAACGACACAUCAACAUUCGAGACGACGAUACUACACCUCAAGGACUCAUGGCCGGCCAGCAGCCCGACCCAAGCGCCGAUAAACUGGCAAGAAACCAACGGGACCCGGACCACUGUGCGGCGGAUGCUCGGGUACCGCGUCUGGGGCUACAGGCUGUGGACGGUGACGGGGUCCAACUCGCUCCUCAGCUGGGGCGGCUUCCGAACCUCGUCGCAGACCUCGGGCGCCUUUGACGCCGGCGCCACGCUCAACCGCAACAUCUGGUCCCUCGAAUCCGACGUCAGCGGCAUCGCCAGGUGGGAGCAGCAGUCCCGCCACACGGGCGACGAGUUCACGGCCGACAAGAAGGCCGGCCAGUGGGGCCCCGGCUGGGGCUACAGCGUCUCGUGCGCAGGGUACGGCCUGUACCUGGGCGGGCUGACGAGCCCCGGCAGCGGGUUGAGCGGCGACGACGCCGGCAACAGCAGUCCGCUCGGGUCGGGGAGGGACGCGGGGCAGUUCACCCCAGGGCUGGUGACGUACGACAUGUCGUCCAAGGCCUUCAAGCGCGAGGACGUCCCGGCGUCGGUCGUCUCCGGGGCGAUGGCGGGCGGUCAGGCGGUGUGCAUCCCGCACCUUGGAAAGAAGGGGCUGGUUGUGUUUAUGGGUGGGUACAGCGCGCCCAACUUCACCGAGCUGAAGAGCUUGAAGAGCGGUGGCGGGUCGACGGCGGUUUCGUUUGAUCAUCUCAUAUUUUACGAUCCGGUCGAUAGGAAGUGGACGACGCAGAAGGCUACGGGAGACAUCCCCGAGGCGAGGUCGAGUUUCUGUGCUGUUGGGGUCAAAGGGAAGGGGGAUAGUUUCGAGGUCUUCGUUAGCGGCGGCGACCUCUCCCCAGACCAGGGCAAGGACACUCCGACGAUCUACAUGCUCUCGAUCCCGGCUAUGAACUGGUGGCGCAUCUCGCAGCAGGGCACGCCCAUCUCGGGACACGCGUGCGAGGUCAUUGGCAAGCGGCACAUGGUCCAGGUCGGCGGCAGCCCACCGCCCAAGACGAACGGACAGACCACGACCUCCACGGGCAGCGGCGUCACCCUGUUCGACAUGACCAAGCUCCAGUCGGUGAGCCAAUUCGACCCGGCCGCAGCCGACUACGAGACGCCGGGCCUCGCGCAGACGUGGUACGCCGACGCGAAUAACCUCAAUGGGGUCGAGUGGACUGAUGCUGCGACGCAGGCGUUGUUGACUGGGAAAUCAAGCGGCGGUAUCCAGGACGGUCAGGGCCAAGGUCAAGGCCAAAACGACUCGGGAUCUGGCGGCGGCGGCGGCGUAUCAACAGGCGUCAUCGCCGGCGCGGUCAUCGGGGCGAUUGUAGUCAUCGCCAUCAUUGCAGCUGUCAUAUUUUGCAUUCUCCGGCGGCGCCGACAGAAUCGAGCCGAGCAAGAUGGGCUCCUCAACGGUAACGAAUCUGGACCAACCCAGGCGUACUCUGACAAUGCUGGCGUCGGGGUGGGGCUGAAGAAGGCCGAGCUGGAUGCAACUGGUCCCGUCAAGGUGGAGAUGGACGCGUCGUCGUCGGCCGUCGCGAGCCCAGAGAUGGAUGGAGCCACCCUCGCGCGGUCGGAACUCGACAGCCGCAUGACCACGCCCGUCGUCAGUAGCGUAGCACCGUCGGAGCUGUCAUCAUGGCCGAGACACCAAGUGGCGGAGCUUUAUGGGAGCCCGAUUCCGGAGAUGGACGCGGCGCCCAGGACGGUGAGGGGAGAGCAGCGGGGGGAUGAGCAAAAGGCGAUAGUGAAUAGGUAGCUGAGGCUAUUCUGGGCGGAGAAAAUAUUCCGUACCAGACUAAUUGUGUUGCAUAUUAGACGGAGUUCAAUCUCAUGUCGGUGAGAUAGCAAGCGAGCAUUUUGUAUUUUCUAUCUAUCUGGCUUCAUCAGUCGUGUCUACUUUGUCCAUUUUAUUACCGUCUUCAAAAAAGAAAAACGACUUAUAUCUUAACGCUAGGCAAAAAAAAAAGAAAAAGAAAUCACCAC